ACCGUCCUUGCAUUCCAGACAGUCUCCUGUGUUUUUGCUGCCCAGGAGAUAAUAUUCAUGGCUAGCAGACAUUUGCGUCAGUGACAGAUAGUCUCAAUGCCAUCAUGCCCCAGCUUGGCUCAGUAAAGAAAUCAGGAGGCAGAAGGAGCUGGGCAGAUUCAUCCGAAGAGCCAGACAGCCUCAUCUACAAGGCAGAACUUCCCUGCACACAUUCUGAACCACCAAGCAAUACCUGGGAACAGUGCCUCAGCCUGAGCCCUUACCUGCAGGCAAGAACUUUUUUUUUUCUUUGCCAGAACUUCACACAUCCUGCAUAUCUUUCCCUUGUAUAUGAUGGAUCCAGGCUCUCUGCAUAUCUGGACCAGGAUGAACUCCAUGCUGAUCCUGCAGCUGAUUUUGCUGUGUCCUGCUGCUGUUGCUGGCUGCAACAGGGAUGCUGAGAGGCAACUCAUCCUGGCUAAAGUCAAGGCACAUUUCCUGGAUUUCCUUGGUCCUGUCCCCCAAAAUGAAAAGGUCCAAGAGGGACGAAGGGGGCUUCACAGACGGCAUGCCUUGGACACAACAGAGACUCGCAGCUUGGAGGAAGAACACAUAUCCCAAGUGAUUGUCUUCCCAAUCCAAGGUGUACUCUGUGAGCGACUUCAGCCAGAUGGGCUUCCAGAGCAUAGGGGAGUUUUCACCUACAUUUUUCAAUCCUCAAUUCAUAUCCUGAGUCACGAGGUGACAUCAGUCCAGCUGUGGUUCUACACAGGCCCUGUAGUAGUUCAGAGCAGCCCCUUAGAAGCUGCCUCCAACAACUCCUCCCCAGAGGCAGAGAUACUGAUGCUCUCUGAAGAAGGCCAGGUUCCACUAGCUACCAUGGCAGUGCCAGCUUCUGAGGGCUGGACCGCCUUUCAUUUUAGAAGCUCCUUCUUCCAUUAUCUUUUCCAGAAUGUGUUUGUGCUCUUCAUUCGUUGCCUAGGCUGCCCCUGUGUGGCUGAUGCUGCAAAGAUACCUUUCCUUGUGGCAACCACCAAACCCAAGGCACAGGACCAGACCGAGAGCCCCUCAAGAAUCAUAGCUAAUCUCACAGCAAUGUUCCAGCACAAUGCUGUGGCCCAUCCCAACUGCCACCGCACCUCCAUCAACAUCUCUUUUGAAGAACUAGGAUGGGACAAUUGGAUCGUGCAUCCUAGCAGCUUUAUGUUUUAUUACUGUCAUGGAAAUUGUUCUGGCGCUCACACAUACAUUCCCAACUCCCAGAAUUGUUGUGCUGCCUUGCCAGGCACAAUGCAGUCUCUGAGGGUCCGUACCACCUCAGAUGGUGGCUACUCCUUCAGGUAUGAAACAGUGCCUAACAUAAUUACCCAGGACUGUGUCUGCAUGUAGCAAGAACUCAGCUUUAGCAAUAUAGUGCUCUCCUAACAGAAAACCAUUGCCUUGUUCAGAUCUGUUCACUCCCUCUGCAACAAGGUAUCUUCCUCAUAUGAACCCAGAGCUAAAGCACCUCUACUCAAGGCUUAAUACUGCCAGCGCCUUAUCUUUUCAAUGUGAAGACUGGCCUUCGCAGCCAGAUUUGGAGGACUCACAUCUCAUCUGCCCUUAAGAUUUUAUUAGCUAGAUAUUGUCACUGGAUAAAUAUUCCACCCAAGGAGGAAAAUUUCAAUUUCACUAUUGAGAUGGCUGCAAUAGAAGUUCAAUUGGUUUAAACAAGCCCUGAGGAUGGGGUGAGCGUCUGGAGGCUGACAGAAGCCCUGCUUGCAGCUACAGAGUAUCCUUAAUCAGAAUGUGGCCGGGUGGCCAGAGUGUAGGAGUCCCCUUGCUUUAUGAAACUGCUUCCUAAUCAGCAAUCAUUGUAAAAGCCUAAUUAGAAAAUUGUUUCCAAAACAAAGACAGUUAAAAUAAAAGGUUUAUUCUCUAAAAGAAAGGCAA